UUUCAAUCGCCCCGGUUGUCGCCUUGGCCGUUAAUGCCGCAUGCGCUGUGAGGUUACGUAUUGGAAAGCUCUAUUUGCAACUGACCCGCUGCUCUUUGCAUUGUUACAAUGUUGGGGCGAUUUGCGGGUCUACGGAACCGCCUUAAGAAGAGAGGGAUAAACCCAGAUCAUGACUUGCUGUUACACAAUUCUAACCUGUCGGAUGACCAAAUAGACAUGGCACGACAAGCACUGCAAAUCCUUGGCUUGGAGUCGCGGCAGCAUGAGCUUACAAAGGAGGAUUUCGUCAUCUUCCUGUAUGCCAUGGGGAUGAACCCCACGGAGGACAUCAUUGACAGCAAAAUAUAUGCUCUCAAGCUUCAUCACAAGAAGACAUAUACAUUCGGACAGCUAGCACACGUAUGGUACUCCAUGCUACAGGACUUGGCGGAUGAGGAUGAAAUCCUCAAACGCGCUUUCCAGUUCUUCGAUAAAGACAACAACGGCGUCAUCAGCAUCAAUGAGCUCAAGACGACCAUGCAUGAGCUGGGCGACUUGCUGACGGAGGAGGAGAUCGCGGACUUCAUGAACAUCAUGGAUGUCAACAACGAUGGAGUGAUCGGAUACACGGAGUUCCUGGCGACACUCAAGACGCAGGCCCCGGAUUCGGCACCCUACUCACGACUCGUUGCAACAACAGACGAUGACGCCAGCACCGUCGGCAGCGGCAUGUUCCGCGCAAAUGCUCAUUUCCUUGAUGCCCGGGUGGCAAGCAACGUGCCCACAAGCCUCAGCGCAUCUCCGCCGAUGGCGUCGGGAAUGGCGGCGGCGAGUGCGGCGCUAGGGUUGUCCAGUGGCAGGGCCCUCGAGGCACCCUCCCUGCGCGCAUCGGCCAUCACCCGGGGUGCACAUGGUGGUGGUGGAGGAGGAGGGCGUUGCAGCGGCGGUGGCGCCGGAGGGAACUGCAGCAGCGCCGGCGGCAGUGGCGGAGGCGCUGCGGAAGGAGAAGUAACUGCUUCGACUGCGCCGCCAGGCUAUGCGGAAGGAGCGUCGACAUCGUUGCCGGAGCCGGUGUCAGCAGCAGCGGUGGCGGCAGCGGCGGCGGGGACGGGUCCGGGUCCGGGCAGCGCUGCUGCUUCACUGCAGCCGUGCGCAAGCUCUAGAGGGGCUCCAGGGGCGGAGCCUUCGUUACGGACGCAGCCAGCGGCAGCAGCGGAGUCUGUGCUCGCGGCGCAGUUGGAUAACUCCUUGCUGCUCGCUCGGCCGCCCAGCCGUCGGCUGGGCAUACCGGUGUCGCCCCAGCCGCAACAGCUUCAGUUGCAGUGCAUGCCGUGCCCGCAAUCCGCACAACCGCAGCAGCAGCAGCCGCACAUGCAGCCGUUGCAGCAAACGUGGCAUCCGCAUCAGCAGCCACAACAGCGGGUUCAGCCACCGCAUCAGCACCAUGUGCAGCAGUUGCAGCAGCCACCGCAAGCGGCGGUCGAGGUGCCGCCAACGUUGCUGCAGCGAACCGCCUCACGACCAAGGUCCUUGGAGUUGGCGGGUUGCAAUCCGCUACGCACGCCGUCAACAUUGGAGCCAGGGCCUGGGUCGGGCGGCGGGAGUCCUGUGGAAGCUGGCCGUGUACUCACCUGAUGGGGC